AUGUCUCAGAAGUCAAGGACUGACUAUCUGCCCAACUGCCCAGUCAUACUCCCACAGCAGCAGAGAAGGCAUGGGUGUCCAAACAGGGCCCAGCCAUCGCAGGAAGAAGGUCGGAAGCACCAGGCCAAGAAAAAGAAUGAGGGAGACCCGAAUAUUAUCAAGUCUCCAAGCGACCACAAAGAAUACAGGUACAUUAAGUUAAAAAAUGACUUGAAUGUACUGCUGAUAUCUGACUUGACUGUUGAUGACUGCAAUUCUCCUGAGACAUCAGAAGAGGAGGAGGUAAUGUCCUCUGAAACUGACGAGGAAGAACAUAAUGGAGGAGGAAAGGACAGCAGCCUUGAGGAUGAUGAAGAGAAGGAUGGAGAAGACUAUGAUGGUAGUGUCAAUGACCCUGAAGAGUUUGAAGAACUUGUGAAAAAAGAAGAUGCAAAGAAGAUGAGUAGCACAGAAAAGCAGUCUGCAGCUGCACUCGCCAUUUGUAUUGGCAGUUUCUGUGACCCUGAUGAUUUACCUGGACUAGCACAUUUUUUGGAACACAUGGUAUUUAUGGGUAGUGAGAAAUACCCAGAUGAAAAUGGGUUUGAUACAUUCUUAAAGAAGCAUGGCGGUACAGACAAUGCUUCGACUGACACAGAACGAACAGUCUUCCAAUUUGAUAUCCAGAAGAAAUAUUUUAAAGAAGCUCUUGACAGAUGGGCACAAUUCUUCAUUCACCCACUGAUGAUUAAGGAUGCAAUUCACCGGGAAGUUGAAGCAGUGGACAGUGAAUAUCAAAUAGCCAAGCCUUCUGAUGACAACAGAAGGGAAUUGUUGCUUGGAAGCCUUGCAAAACCAGGACAUCCUAUGAGAAAAUUCUUUUGGGGCAAUGCAGAGACACUUAAACACCUGCCAAUGAAGAAAAAGAUAGACACUUAUGGAAGGCUGAGAGAUUUCAGGAAACGCCAUUACUCUGCACACUACAUGAAUCUAGUUGUCCAAUCUAGAGAAACCCUGGAUACCUUGGAAAAAUGGGUGACAGAAAUCUUCUCACAGAUCCCCAAUAAUGGUUUGCCCAGACCAACCUUCGGUCAUCUGCUGAAUCCUUUUGACACACCUGAAUUUCACAAGCUUUACAAAGUUAUUCCAGUCAGAGAAAUCUAUUCUUUGAGCAUCAGUUGGGCUCUUCCCCCACAAGAAAAGCAUUACAGGGUGAAGCCUCUUCAUUACGUCUCUUGGCUGAUAGGACACGAAGGCAAAGGCAGUAUCCUUUCACUUCUCCGGAAAAAGUUUUUGGCUGUUGCAUUAUUUGGAGGAAAUGGUGAGACGGGAUUCGAACAGAACUCAACGUAUUCCAUCUUCAGCAUUUCUGUCACUUUGACAGACAAAGGUUUUGAACAUUUCUAUGAGGUUACUCAUCUUAUUUUCCAAUAUCUGAAGAUGCUUCAAAAACAUGGGCCUGACAGAAGAAUAUGGGAUGAGAUCCAAAAGAUUGAAGGCAAUGAAUUUUGCUUCCAGGAACAGACUGACCCAAUUGAUUAUGUAGAAAAUAUUUGUGAAAAUAUGCAUCUGUUUCGGAAGGAGGACUUUUUGACAGGAGAUCAGCUGCUGACUGAAUACAAUCCAGAAGUAAUUGGUGAUGCUGUCAACCAUCUCGUACCCCCAAAAGCCAACCUCAUCCUGUUUUCUCCAACCCAUGCGGGAAAGUGUCCCAUGAAGGAAAAAUGGUUUGGAACCCAAUACUCUGUCUCAGAUAUUGAUGAAUUUUGGAGCAAACUAUGGGAUACUGACUUCCCAUUAAAUCCUGAUUUGCACCUGCCUGAAGAAAACAAAUAUAUAGCCACAGAUUUCUCUGUGAAGAAAUCAACUGAUCAUAGGACUGAAUAUCCACACAAGAUACUGGAGACACCCCAGGGUUGCCUGUGGUACAAAAAGGACAAUAAGUUUAUUGUCCCCAAAGCAUUCAUCUGUUUUCACCUCGUCUCUCCAGUGAUACAGUUCAGUGCAACAAAUAUGGUGCUUUUUGAUACUUUUAUAAGUGUCCUUACUCACAAUCUUGCCGAACUUGCAUAUGAAGCAGAUGUUGCUCAGCUAGAAUACAAAGUUGUAGCGAAAGAACAUGGCCUGGUUGUUCGAGUGAAAGGUUUCGACCACAAACUACCAUUGCUCUUUCAGUUGAUUUUUGACCACAUAGCUGACUUCAGUUUCACACCAGCAACUUUCGAGAUGAUAACUGACCAACUGAAAAAGACAUAUUUUAACUUUCUCAUCAAAGCAGAUACACUGGCAAAAGACCUUCGGCUUUCAAUACUGGAGCAUGGCAGGUGGUCCUUGAUAGAAAAAUACGAGGUUUUAAAUAAUGGCCUUUCCACAGAAGCUCUGUUAGCAUUUGUGAAUGCUUUCAAAUCUCGCUUGUGGGUUGAGGGACUUGUCCAAGGAAACUUCACAGGCAAUGAAUCAAAGGAGUUUCUGAAAUACAUUGUUGACAAACUGCAGUUCCUUCCACUUCUACACCCGUGUCCUGUUCAGUUCCGGGUGAUAGACUUGCCAGUUAGUCACUUUGUAUGUAAAGUGAAAUCCCUUCACAAAGGAGAUGCCAACUCCAUUGUCACUGUCUACUACCAGACUGGAGCGAGGAGUUUAAAAGACUAUGCACUCAUGGAACUGCUUGUGAUGCACAUGGAGGAGCCAUGCUUUGAUUACCUGAGAACCAAACAAACCCUGGGCUACCAUGUCUACUCUGCCACAAGAAACACAUCUGGGAUCCUGGGUUUUUCGGUUACUGUAGCAACACAGGCAACCAAAUAUAACUCUGAAUUAGUUGAUAGAAAAAUAGACGACUUCCUUGUGCACUUUGAAGAGAAACUCCGGAAUUUAUCUGAUGAAGAAUUUAAAGCUCAGGUCUCAGCUCUAAUAAAGCUUAAGCAAACUGAUGAUGCUCAGCUUGCUGAAGAGGUAGAAAGAAACUGGACUGAAGUGAUCACUCAACAGUAUGUGUUCGACAGACUUGCCCGAGAGAUUGUUGCACUGAAGAGCCUUUCCAGAAAGAAUCUGCAUGACUGGUUUCUAUCACAUAAGACCAAGAACCGAAAGGUGUUGAGCACCCAUGUGGUUGGAUAUGGCAAACAGGAAGGAGACUCAGAAGUUCACCUAACCUCCACUGCUCAGGACUCUUUAUUUGGUCAAACAGCUGAGCUAACAUUUUUACCCUCCUCUCCUCUCUUGAAUUUCCCCUCGGUUUUGGACAUCCGAGCUUUCACCUCAGCUCUGAACAUACUUCCUUAUCACAAGAUAACGAAAUAA